AUGGCCGUGCAGCCGCCGCUGGCUAUGGCGAUUGCAGGGCCGUGCUGGCCAGCCGUUGGAAGGGCCUUGUCUUCACCCAGCGGCCUCCGAAGCUCAGGGCACACUCCCAGCCGUGGCCAGCCGAAGCGCGGCGAGCAAUCGGGACACAGGCCUGUUCGCUUGGCCUUAGCCGCAGCGGGUGCAGGGGCUGCAAGAGCGGCGGCUGCAGCAGUCGAGGCGCCGCCGGUGGAGCGUCGGGCCCGGAGGCGGAGAACUCGCAGUCGGCAGCCGCCACAGCCAGAAGAGGAAUCCACAGCGCAGCAGCAGGAGGAAGAAGAAGAAGCGCCUGCAAAGGCAUCCGAAGACAGCGAAAGUCAGGAGAUCUUCUUUAAGCCGUACCCUGCGCACUUGAGGCAAGGUCAGCUUACCAGCGGGCUCCAAAGCGGGCAGUUGCUAGUCGGGGAGCUGAGGCAGAUGCUCAACUCGCGGACGCUGGGUGUCGUUUACGUCCCGGACGCGGGGGAGUUCCUCAUAUCUGGUCAAAAUGCCAUGAACCGUGCCGUUGAUGGAGACAUAGUCAUUAUCGAGAAGCUGCGAGCUUCCGAGGCCAAGCGCGGACGACGACCCGAGUUAAAGGCGAAGGCACUGAAGGAUGGCAACGAUGUUGUGGUCAUGAUGGGCAAGCCAGCUGCGAAGAUCGUUGCCAUCAAGAAGCGAUCCCAGAGAGAGGUUGGUGGAACCAUUUAUUCCAUCGAUGCUCUCGAGGAGAAACGGGAGCUUCUUCGGAAGACCAAAGGCGUGGAGCAGGAUGACUGUCUCUUCAUCCCGGCGGACAGCAGAUUCCCGGACAUGUUGGUCAAAGCCGCGCCCGAGCAGUACGAGGAUCAGCGGGUGACCGUCAUACUCAACACUUGGCAGCAGUUCUGCCCAUAUCCUCGAGCUCGCUUCUCGCGGAAGCUGGGCAAGACUGGAGACGUGGAGGUUGAGACGGAGAUGAUCUUGCUGGAGUUCAACGUCAAGGACGAGCCCUUCACAGAGGAAGUGCUGAGCUGCCUUCCACCGGAAGACUUCGCGCCGUCAGCGGAGGAUUUCAAAGGUCGCAUGGACUUUCGAGAUGUGUGUGUUUUCUCGAUCGAUCCUCCCGGUUGUGAAGACGUCGAUGAUGCCCUUAGCUGCGAGGAGCUGGACAACGGCAACUUCCGCAUUGGGGUCCACAUCGCUGAUGUGACCCGGUUCGUGAAGCCGGACACCGAACUGGAUCGGGAGGGUGCAGAGCGGAGCACAUCCGUCUACCUUGUUAACAAGCGAGUGGACAUGCUGCCCAAGCUGUUGACGACUGAGAUCUGCUCCUUGAGAUUUGACGGCAAGGAUCAUUUGACCUUUUCCGCGGUUUUCGAGCUGACCCCGGACGCCGAAAUGGUUAGUGCUCAGUUCAACAAGGCGGUGAUUCGAUCCAGAGGGGCUCUGUCCUACAAGGAGGCUCAAGAAAGGUUGGACUCCGAUCCGGCGGACGACCAGUCGGAAGUCACUGUGGCCAUCCGAAACCUCUGGGCUCUGGCCCAAAAGCUUCGGUCAAACAGGAUCGAGGACGGAGCCUUGAACUUGGAGAGCGGCGAGCUGAAGUUCGAGCUCGAUUCCGAGAAUCAAACUGCCGUCAACGUCUUCCAGUACGAAACCUACGACACCAAUCGCCUCAUCGAGGAGUUCAUGCUCCUGGCGAAUCGGAGAGUGGCGGAGGAGAUCAGUGGCUGCUGGGAGAAGACGAGCGUUUUGCGUCGGCAUCCGCCACCGAAGGAGGAGAGCAUGGACGACUUGGUGACCCUGCUGGAUGCUUACGGCAUCAAAGACUUCAAGCAUGCUACGAACAAGGAGCUCCAGAAGUCUCUGGACACUGUGGACAAGCCAGACGACCCGUUCUUCAACAGGCUGGUGCGCAUUCUUUCUACGCGAUGCAUGGAGCCAGCGAGGUAUUUCUGCACUGGAGAUAGAGAACUCGAGAAGGGCGAGUGGGCGCACUUCGGUUUGGCGAUGGACCACUAUACGCACUUCACUUCCCCGAUCCGACGAUAUGCCGAUGUCCUUGUGCAUCGGCUGCUGGCCGCUUCGCAAGGCUUCGAAGAGGUGCCGACGGUGCUCCGAAGUCCCCAGGAGAUCAAAGAUGCUUGCGAGCACAUGAACAUCAAGCACAGGAAUGCCCAAUAUGCGGACCGGAGCUCUGUGAAACUGCAUCAGUACCAGCUCUUUCAAGACCGCGGCCCAACGGUUGCCGAAGGCGUCAUCAUGCGUGUGGUGCCGGAGGGCAUCUCCGUGGCGAUCGAAGAGUAUGGAGCAGAAGGUACCGCGAAGCUCAGUGGUCAGAACUGGUUGAUCAUCCUCGACAAGCAAACAGCCUAUGGCAGACCCCGCACAAAGUUCGAAGGCAUCAACAUGAAAGUCUUCGACCGCGUUGUGGUUAGUAUCGAGGCGGACUUGCAAGACCUGAGUCACAGAGAAUUGAGAUUCACGCAGCUUGGCUAG